CCGUCGUUAUGCCCAAUGAUUCAGUAAAUCAGAAUAAUUACUUUAAAAACCUACUAAAAUUAAAAGAAUCCAGCUCCUAUGCUACUUAGAAAAGCUAGGUGACGAUCGAACUCGAGCCCGGUAGCUUCUCUUACAAUCGAUAUAUCCCAGGCUUCUGCGGCAAGGCCCUAAGAAAAUGGACGGCGGCGGCGGAGAGAAGACCCAGAAAUCCGGCAUCCUUCUCCUCCACAACGCCCUGAUCGUCACCAUGGACCCCACCUCCCGUGUCCUCCGUGACGGCGCCCUCGUCGUCGACGGCGAUCGCAUCCGCGCCCUCGGCCCCUCCCCGGACCUCCUCCGCGAAUUCUCCCCUCUCGCCGACGACGUCCUCGACCUCCACGGCCGCUUCCUCCUUCCCGGGUUUGUGAAUACACACGUGCACACGUCGCAGCAGCUGGGGAGGGGGAUCGCCGACGAUGUGGAUCUGAUGACGUGGCUACACGAGCGCAUCUGGCCGUACGAGUCGCAUAUGACCGAGGAGGACUCGUAUCUAUCCACGCUUCUUUGCGGGAUCGAGUUAAUUCGCUCCGGAGUGACGUGCUUUGCCGAAGCUGGUGGACAGCAUGUUGCCGGGAUGGCAAGAGCAGUGGAAUUACUGGGUUUACGUGCAUGUUUAGUGCAAUCAAUUAUGGAUUCGGGCGAGGGCUUACCGGCAAAUUGGAGUGUACACUCCACCGACUCUUGUAUUCAGUCUCAGAAGGAACUCUUCAAGAAGCAUCAUAAUACAGCAGAUGGUCGAAUCAGAAUAUGGUUUGGCUUGAGACAGAUCAUGAAUGCAACUGAUCGCUUACUACUUGAAACAAGAGAUGUGGCACAAGAACUGAAUACAGGCAUCCAUAUGCAUGUCGCAGAAAUCCCUUAUGAAAAUCAGCUGGUAACAAGUACAAGAGGAGUUGAUCAUGGUACAGCAACAUACUUGGAGAAAAUAGGACUUCUACGGAGCAAUUUGUUAGCAGCCCAUUCUGUUUGGUUGAAUGAUGCUGAGAUUGGCUUCUUCUCAAACGCUGGUGUAAAAGUUUCUCAUUGCCCUGCAUCUGCAAUGCGCAUGCUUGGAUUUGCUCCUAUAAAGGAAAUGCUUGAUGCUGGUGUAUGUGUCUCCAUCGGUACAGAUGGAGCACCAUCCAACAAUAGGAUGAGCAUGGUGGAUGAGAUGUAUUUAGCUUCCCUUAUUAACAAAGGACGGGAAGCAUACAUUCGAGGAACAACCAACCCAACUGCUGUUCCUGCUGAAACGGUUUUAAAGAUGGCGACUGUAAGCGGAGCAAAAUCAGUGCUAUGGGACAAUGAAAUAGGUUCGCUUGAAGUUGGGAAAAAGGCUGACAUGGUCAUUGUGAAUCCUUUUUCAUGGUCCAUGGUGCCGCUCCAUGAUCUUAUUUCCAGCCUUGUUUACUGUAUGCGAACGGAGAAUAUUGAUUCUGUCAUGUGCAAUGGUCAAUGGAUUAUGAAAGACCAGAAGAUCUUGAAUGUAAAUGAGCAAGAAGUUAUUUCAAUGGCAAUGCAAGCUUCCAGCGACCUUCUGAACCGAGCAGGCAUUACACUUCCGAAAAGGAUGAACUUUGUGUGAUAUUCUCACUGCAUACUCCAGAGAACCUAAUGGUAGUUCCAAUCCUGUAUCCUCUCGCUGUACCCUCUUUGGAAUUUGAGAUUGCGAGGUGAAUAAGAGCUUCUUCCAGUAUUUGAACCUUAGGGAUUUGGUAAUGAUGUCCCUAUUGUACUAUACAAUAAUUGACAUGUCAUGCUAAAACAUAAAUAAUAUUAUGUUAAAUGAUCUUUUGAGCUUUA